AGCAACCGCGGCACGCGACACAAACAAACCGGGAGGUUUGUUUUCUGAAUCUUCACGGUUAGAAACGGGGCUCGGAUGUGCCGUUAGCCGCUGGCCGGUCCUGUGUGGGCGGAGGAGCGGCGGUGAAGGAUGGUAAAGUGCGUCGUCUCCGGGUGUCCGAACCGGAAGGUGGACGUUAACCGGGGAGUCCUCAACCGACCCCCGAAGAGGUUCUUCAGCUUCCCCAAAGACCCGGCUCGGGUGAAAGUGUGGCUGGCAGCGCUGAGGGAGACGAACAAGCAGGACCCGACAGAGCAGCAUCUGAUCUGUGAGGACCACUUCCUGCCUGAAGACAUCUCGUCCAGUGGGGUCAGCACAGAUGCCAUUCCCCUCAUGCCCCCGUGCCUAGACGGGCACCUGGGCACCAUCAGCCUCUGGGGGGCCGAGUUGUCUGAGGAAGAGGAUCAGUGGGCCGACCGCGGCGGUGAUGGCGAUGAUGAUGAAGGUGGAGACGAUGAGCUCCUUGCUGUGAAGCCUCCUGCAGUGGAUCCACUACAGCAGGACUCAGGGGCCCAGAAAACUCCAGGGUCUAAGACGACAAGUAAGAGUCUGCAUCAGAGGAAAAAGACGGUCCAGACCAGGAGGGCCAAACAGGACUGGUCCCUGGGGAUCCUGACGCAGCACUUCCUGGAGCUGCUGCUGGCGGCGCCGGACGGCCUGCUGGACCUCCGGCAGGUGAUGACCAAGCUGAAUAUCUGCAGGCAGCGAGUCUACGACAUCACCAACAUCCUGUGCGGCAUCAACGUCAUCAAGAAGCCGGGGCCCAGCAGGGUCAAGUGGAUAGGAAGUUGUCCGAUCAGCAGCUUCCUGUGGAAGAACCAGGAGAACCUGCGGAGGGAGGUGGAGAACAUGAAGCUGGUGGAGGACACGCUGGACGCCCUGAUCAGGAGCUGCGCCCUGCAGCUGUUGGAGCUGACCCAAGACGAGGAGAACUCUGAGAUGGCCUACGUGACCCACCAGGACGUCAGCCGCCUCGCAGCCUUCCAGGAGCAGACGGUGAUCGUGGUCAAAGCUCCAGAGGAAACUAAGCUGGAGAUUCUUGCACCCAAACAGGACAGCAUCCGGGUCCAUAUGAAGGGGGGGGGGGGUCCCAUUGCGGUGCUGACCUGUGAAGUUGCAACUGGGGAGAAGAGCGACUCUUUUGUAACUCUGGAGGAAAGCCGGAUCAGGACGGCGGAGCUGCACACUGGGUCCUCGAGUCCACAGAGCGCCACCAACUGACCUCCAGCUGACCUCCAACUGACCUCCAGCUGACCUCCAGCUGACCUCCAGGAAGCCCAGCGUUCGGCCAAACCUGGAAGAGUUACAGAAACAUUUUGUCUCCAGGUCUCAGAGGAGUUUCCCUGCUGGUGAAACAGAGACUUGAACUGACUGAGCUCAUGUGUGAGUCUGGAAACAACAUUGAGCUGAAACACAUUUAAUCUGAUCAGGGACCAAACAAAGACGUUCCAACAUGAACAUGAGGAGCAGUUUUUAAGGAGCAGUUUUAAACGACACUCAUGGUGUCUGCAGAGAAAUCACAUGUGGUAUUGUUUGUAUCAUAAUCAUGUACUUUACAUUUACUGUAUUAUAUUUUACUUACUAUGAUUUAUUGUUUAUGUUUUGGAUAUAAAAAUAUUUUCAUCUUGGUUUGAAAUUUCAAACUCACCCUCCAGUUUGUACUUUUGCUUUAACUGAGUCCUGGCCUCUGACCUUUGACCUGCUGUCAGGCAGACACAAAGAUAGGAGUGAAGAGGAAACAACUUCAGAAGAAUAAAAGUCU